AUGGCUGAUUCAUCAGACUUGAAUCUCGACGCUCCCAGCGACCUUCAGGACCUUCCUGAUUUGUCUAUGGAGCUUAUCCCCCCACAGGAAGGGACUUAUCCUGAUAGAGCCUCCUUACUUGCUGCUGUGCAGGCACACGGUAAAGCCCAUGGCUAUAACAUUGUUGUCAAAUCAUCCAGUACACCCACAGAGAAAAAGCCAGGCAGAGUCGCAAAAGUGUGGUUGCGAUGCGAUCGUGGUGGCCAGUACAGACCAAGAAAUGGGCUCACUGAAGAAACACGGAAAAGGAGGCGGACUUCACGACUCAUGGACUGCCCUUUCAUGCUCGUCGCUGCAGGACAUCCGGGAAUCUGGACGCUGACAGUUUUAAAUCCUUCACAUAACCACGGCCCGAUAGUGGAAAAGCCUCGACAGAAUCCUCAUCCUAAGGCGAAGAAGGGCCAAGUCACAGCUACUCCCUAUGACUGGCCUCAUGAUGCGACAUUCACACCCAUUCACAACUGCGCUUGCGGAUACAUGGCGUAUCAAGGAUACGACAUUACGCCUGCACAGCUCCUUAUUCCUAAGUUACAGCGAUUACUUGAUGCUUUCCGCUCAGCCGGCUUUCCUGUGUAUCAUACCCGUGAAGGGCACCGCUCUGACCUCUCGAGCGUCUCCAAUCGGGAAACUUUCCGCUCAAAAAUCAACCCGUCUGGCAUAGGUAUAGGCUCAGAUGGGCCUCUUGGUCGACUCCUCAUACGCGGUGAGCCGGGACAUGACAUCAUUCCAGAACUCUAUCCGACCAUGGGCGAACCCAUUAUCGAUAAACCAGGCAAGGGGGCAUUCACGUACACCGAUUUCGAACUGCUCCUGCGGAAUAAAGGGAUCAAAAACCUUGUUCUUGCAGGUGUUACUACGGAUGGCUGCGUUUCCACUACCAUGCGAGAGGCAGCCGACAGAGGCUUCGACUGUAUCUUGCUCGAAGAUGACGGUGGUAUUUUUGGAGCGACUACGAAGGUCGACGAUAUGGUACAAGCGGUUGAAAACUUCAAAGCUGUAACUGUGAAGAAGCUUGCUCCGCAAAUGUCCAAUGUUGCCCAGUGA